AUGAAGAGCAAGGCGUCGACGUUCUUGAAGCUGAAGCAGAUGGUUUCGGCCAUCGUGGCGGCGGUCAAGUCCAAGUCCACGGCGGUGCGCGUCAAGACGAGCGCGCUCAAGACGCGCCUCCUCAUCUUCGGGAUCCUCCGCAACAAGAAGCUGCUCAUGACGGCCAUCAACCACAAGAUCCACGCCAUCAUGGGGCAGCAGGAAGCAGCGGGAGACGGCGGCAACAACAAGGACGGCGGCGCCCAGGAGCGGGGCGCGGCCGGCGACAAUGACGAAGACGGCGGCGGCGGCAGGAGGGCCAUCGUGCUCUACCAGCCCCCCGCCAGCUACAGCUUCUCUUCGGAGCUCGGUGCCCACGAGGCGGAGGCGGAGGUGCAGGAGGAGCAGGACAGCGACGACUACCUGACCCACUCGCUGUUCGCCGAGGAGGACGACGACGAGGAGGACGAGCUGGUGAACGCGCCGGGGUCGGUCAUCGACGUCAUGCGCGACGCCAGGGAGCGCGAGGCCGGCGAGGGCGCCGAGUUCAGCCUCGAGGACGAGAUCGACCACGUCGCCGACGUCUUCAUCCGCCGCAUCCACCGCCAGCUCAAGCUGCAGAAGCUCGACUCGUUCAAGCGACUGUGCGAGAUGCUCGAGAGGAGCACCUGA